AUGCGAAAAUCUGAAGCUGAUAUGAUCCCGGAGCAGACACCGUGGCAGCUAAAUCAGCAGGCCAUCAUUGGUCUGUAUGAGUCCUGUUUCCACGACAAGUUUGAGGAUCUGGAAAGGCUAAAUCAGGACGUUCAAACGGUAAAAGGCCAUCUAUAUGAAAGGGAAUAUAUACAGGCAUUUGAUGCUGCCUACAAACGCGAAGCAUAUGUUCUGCGGUGGUCACCUUCGCGAUCGCUUGCAUAUGCCUCAUUGUUCUGUUAUCUCGAUGAUGUGAGACAAGUCCUGGUGAAUGAACCAGCCACCAAAGUUCUUGCCAUUGGUGGUGGUGCUGGUGGCGAGUUGGUGGCUCUAGGAAGUGUUUUCUCACAAAACGAUCAGAAUCACCAAUGGGACGUGACUCUGAUGGACAUCAGUAAUUGGAGCGACACAGUAGCGAGACUGACUCAUUCUGUCCACCGCGAACUUUGUCUGAAGCCUGAAAAUCUGCGGGUUGAUUUCAAGCUCGGUGACGUGCUUGAUCCAAAAAUGGGGCUGGGCUUGGCUGAAGUCAACCUGAUCACGCUCAUGUUCACUACCAACGAAUUGUUUAAGGAGAAUAAAAUAGGCUCGGUCAAUCUUUUGCACAGACUGAAUCGGGAAUGCAAAAAAGGCGCUCUUUUGCUGAUUGUCGAGAGCGCAGGUUCGUAUUCCAACAUUGAUAUCGGCAAGAAGACCUUCCCGGUGACGUUUCUUGUGGAUAUGGUGUUGUGUGAGAAGGGCCCAUGGACGAGUGUUACCGAGGAAGACAGUAUCUGGUUCAGAUGUCAUCGCCAUUGGCAAUAUAAGUUCAACUUGGAGAACAUGAGAGUGCUUUACAGGUUGUACAGACACGAGUGA